ACAGGUAGUGGAGACCAAGAUGUUGCCACGCCGGUUGAAGAUGUCCGGCCAAGCUGGCUGGAUACGAAAAUGGGUUGUUCGCCUUCUAGUCCUUUCUUUGCUUAGCACAGUGCUAUUCAUGUACUGUUUAACACAAGUCGAACAGGAAUCUCAGAUAAAUUGGAGACAUUCACAAGACGUGGGGAUAGUAAGGAGAGAUAUUCUCAAAGCUAAAGCAUUAACAGCGGAGGACGACGGUGUCAUUCAAGAGCGAUUGGACGAAAUCCGGAAAGAAAUCCUCAGCGCCGAUCGACCCCGCCCUCCCGACUCUGUGUACAAUCUCAAUGUCACGCUAAGUGAUCGUCUCCCGCUUCGAAGAGACGUCCCCGAUGCACGGUCUCAAGACUGCAAGAGACUGGUGUAUGACCGUGACAAGUUGCCAAACGUGACGGUUAUUAUGCCGUUCUACAAUGAAGCUCUCUCAAUGCUACUGCGCGCUAUUCACGCUCUAUUAGACAGAACCCCAAGCCGCCUCCUAGUAGAAAUAAUACUCAUCGAUGAUGCUAGUAAAAACGAAGAUCUAAAGGAACCUUUGACUAAAUAUAUACGACUACUCAAAAAAGUCAGGCUGGUACGAAGUAUUAAAAGGGAGGGGCUGAUACGGGCUAGAAUGCUAGCAGCCAGUUUAGCAACCGGAGAGGUCAUCAUAUUUCACGAUGCCCAUACUGAGGUGAACCACGGGUGGGUGGAGCCUAUUCUUCAAUACCUCAAGGACAACCCGCACAGCGUGGUACAGCCAGCUGUGGACGAAAUCGACCAAUGGACCAUUGCCUAUAGAAGCGGAGCUGAUCGUAUGAGGGGAGGCUUUGGAUGGGACAUGAAGUAUGUCUGGAUGGCAACCCCGGAGUUUGAAUUAAAGAAACUCAAAACAUUUGCAGACGCGUACAGAACCCCUACACUGGUCGGGUGUGCAAUAGCCGUUACUAAGAAAUAUUUCCAAGAAAUCGGCGGCUUUGACGAAGGGCUGAACAUAUGGGGAGGAGAGAACAUCGAACUCGCUUUUAGGGUGUGGCUUUGCGGGGGGUCCGUGAUGACAGUGCCGUGUGCACACGUCGGUCACGUGUUCAAGCCCUUCUCAUACAGCUUUGACGGGGACAAGGAGAAGAUUGUUGCCAAAAAUAUAAUGCGAGUUGCAGAACUUUGGAUGGGGCCAUAUAGACGCUACAUGUACGCAGCAACGAGAGCUUUUGAUUACAAACGUGUCGACUUCACGCCGAGGGAUAUUGCCCUGAUACGCAGCCGUAAAACGUGGAUCACAGACCGCCAUAAAUGCAAAUCCUUUGAUUGGUUUCUAAACAAUAUAAUUCCGGAGCAUAAUAUCCCUCCACUGAACGCCAAGAACUUCGGAGAGGUCAUGAACACGGCAUCAAGGGCGUGCUUGGAGGUGGAUGACCAUGGUUACAUAGUCAUGACCUAUGAUUGUUAUUAUUCCCGCGUCAGACCCGAAAAUGAAUUUGCGCUCUACCACGACGGGCGAUUAAAAUUACGCGAUAAAUGCGUCACGUUGCACUACCCUUCACUGAUGCUAACACUCCAAGACUGUGAUAUGAAGCAUAUACAAACGUUUUGGGAUUUGAAUCCCAUAACGCCCUCUUACGGCAAUAUUGUUAUUACUAUUAUAGACCGAGGAGUUGAGCGUACUCUGUGUAUAGAACAAGUGACAGCGGUAGUAGAGCCACUAGAUGGGAAACAAGCACCGCAAGCCACUAUUUGUAGGACUGAGAACAACGCGUUUCAAUUGUGGACGUUUUCCUAUGCUUUGGAUUAUUCACAUUACCCGUAAUUAGCUGUUUAUGAUAUUGCUUGUCAAUCCUCGUGGUUUAUGCUAUGAUAUUACUUUACGUCUGAGAUCUCCAAUGGGUUUUAUGGCCAGAUUUUUUUAAUAUUUAUAUUAAGCCCCCUCCAAAAAUCAUGCGUUACGAGUUAAAUAUUUACCUUCUUUUUUAUGUAAAAGAUACAUAUAUGACAUAAGAAAUAUAAUCUAAGAAAUUUUUGUACGUCUUUGUGAGAUUUAACUUUAAAAAAGAAUAUUUCCGCUUCAAAUUGCUGUGACGUUUGAAGAUCACAGCUUGGCGCAUUUCAAUAGCGCAACUACCACAUUCUAGAUCUUCAAAUCCGUUUACGUUCCAUCAAUUAAUUAUAAAUGGCUUAAACAGGGAUUUACCAAUAUACACUGUCGUAUUAUGACGGUUAUCUCUGCAAAAGAUAAUACAUCCGACAGACUGUGACUGAAUAACAGGUAACGUCAGCAUCAAACAGGAUAUUUUUAUACAAAUUAUAGGCCUACACUGUUGGAGAAAUCUUCAAAUUAAAAAAAAAAAAAAGAGACUGACGCUUAGCUUGUUCAAAUUCGACAGAGGUGUUACCAAUAAAAAUGGCCAGAGUUAAAAAAAGAUUAAAAUCUGGAGAAUUUGCUCUAUCAACGUCAAUAGAACAACAUUGUGUAACCCGAAAAUGUGAAAAAAGUGGUCGCAACGUUAUCCAAUCAACAUUAACAUGUGAACGUUGUGUUACCAGAAAGUGGUUUUCUGUCAA